AUGUACAGCGGCGCACUGCUGUCGACGGCGGCGCGGCUGGCGUGGGACCCGAGCACUUACACAUGGUUUCGAUUCCUGUGCGCUGCACAAUAUCGUGUUUCGCUGGCAUACGUUCUGGCUGCUGGGUUGUGGCUAGCAGCCCUGGUAUACCUGGCAGUUGCGGCCGGUGCCGCGGCUGCAGCUGCACGCCGCCCCGCCGCCGCGUUGCACGCUUAUGUGGCGGGUGUAUGCGCCUUGGUGCUAAGUGAAGUGGCCUAUGGUGCGUGGCUGGUCGCCUCUUUAGCUGCUUGGUGGCGUGCCGCGCCUGAAGCCGAACUGGCGCGCAAAGGCAUCGACUUACUACACGAUAUUAAGCCGGCGCUGCUUGCCGUCGAGCGCUACCGCGAUUACGCACAGCCUGUUUACAACAUGAUCGAGGAGGUGGAAGCACGCGCCCCGAACAACGCCGUGAUAGUGAUCGUUUUCGCGGCGCUGGCAGUGGUGCUGCAAGUGGCGGCGGUGGUGGUGGCGCGGCGACUGGCACGCGGAGGAGUCACGGCAGGUCGGCGGUGCGAGCCCAGCGAAGUUGGCGAGGUGGACAGUGACAGCGAAGCCCUGGAAAAAAGCGCGCCAUCUGCACCGCCCGCCUCCUCGCCGCCACCGCCAGGAUGGCACAAAUCCGCUAACUUGCGGAUGUACACGAUAUUAGACAAGAUUUUCUAG